AUGAGCGCCGCCGCCGCGUCCUCCAGCCAACAGCCGCCCUCAUCGGGCGCCCACCCCUCGCUCCAGAAUAACGAUGAGAAGAAUAGCGUGGUCAUCAAGGUCGGCAUGGUGGGCGACUCGCAGAUCGGCAAGACAAGCUUGAUGGUCAAGUACGUCGAGGGCUCGUUCGACGAGGACUACAUCCAGACGCUGGGCGUCAACUUUAUGGAGAAGACGAUCUCCGUAAGACGGACGACGAUCACGUUCUCAAUAUGGGACCUCGGCGGCCAGCGCGAGUUUGUGAACAUGUUGCCGCUCGUUUGUAAUGACGCCGUGGCUAUACUCUUCAUGUUCGACUUGUCGAGGAAGAGCACGCUUAAUAGUGUCAAGGAGUGGUAUAGGCAGGCGAGGGGGUUCAAUAAGACGGCCAUCCCGUUUCUCAUCGGUACCAAGUUCGAUACCUUUGCCACCUUCCCGCGAGACGAACAGGAGGAGAUCACGAAGCAGGCGAAACGAUUCGCGAAAGCGAUGCACGCCUCGCUCGUCUUCUGUAGCACGUCAGCAAGCAUCAACGUGCAGAAGAUAUUCAAGAUCGUGCUGGCGAAAGCUUUUGACUUGAAAUGCGUCAUCCCGGAGAUCGAGGGCGUGGGCGAGCCUGUGUUGAUAUAUGUGGAUGUGAUUAUGGGGAAGGCCGAGGAUGGAGGGAGAUGCGGGAGGGGUGGGGAGGAUGAGACGGAUGCGGACGGGUGGAUAGAGUCGAAGUCUACGAGAUCUGUACGUCGCGCCGCCAAAAACAAAGCCCUCAAUUACCCCUUCAAUUGUAUCCCCUUCAUCCGCCUUUCACCUCUACACACAAACAUCCCUUUGGACUCUUCCCACCUCAGUCAAACUCGGCCCGCCACGGACCCGCCUCGUCGUCGUUGCUCUUCCAUGCUGCAUAUCUAUCCCGUCGUUGUCUUGCCUUGCACCUCGUAUCCUCUCCUCGUCUCCGGUUCUCCAAUCCCCACCAGCUACGGAUCCGUGUUUCCUGUUCCAUCAUCAUAUACUUCCUCGUUUACCCCCAUCCUCCUCCCUUCCAGCCUUUCUCGUCGUAAGAAUUUGAAUUGA